AUGGCUGAUAUUAAACCACAUAUUACUUUGUUGUUGCACAAUUCAAACAAAAUAGUGAAAUUACUUACAAAUACGAAGAAAUGUGCUCGAGCUAAAAUUACAAGAGGAUAUUUGGAGGCGCGUGUGGAGAUGCUAUGUGAGUACUGGUCGUCUUACAAAAAACAAUAUGACUACAUUACAACUACGUAUACUGAAUCAGAGUUUAGAACACAUAAUUUUGAACCACAAGACAAUUAUGAUUCUAGCGAAGAGGCUUAUUUAGAUCUCAAAACAUGGAUAAAAGAUUGGUUGUAUGAACAUGAGACAAACAGUACAAAAAUUUAUGAUAAUAACACCACCAACUCUUCACACUCGAGACCUAAACUUGCACCCAUACCACUACCUGUAUUCUCAGGAGAUUAUAAUAACUGGAUUAGCUUCAGAGAUUUAUAUGUUUCAUUGAUUCACAACGAUAACAGCUUGUCAAAAAUUGAAAAAUUUCACUAUCUUAAAUGUAGUUUGACUGGCGAUGCAGCGAUUUUAAUAAAGAAUUUUACACUUACCGAAGCGAAUUAUCUAGAUGCUUGGAAGAAACUGGAAGAGAGGUAUGAUAACAAAAGAGUUAUUGUUAACAAUAUAUUGAAUCGUUUGCUCAGUCAGAAAAAGUUAACUAUAGAAUCAGCAAAAGGCCUUAAAGAAUUAUUGGAUACUACUAGCCAAUGUCUUGACUCACUAAAGAAUCUCAGUAUACUGGUUUCUAAUUGGGAUGCAAUCUUAGUUUAUAUUAUUGUUGGGAAGUUAGACACCGAAUCACACAAACUUUGGGAGCAGUCUCUUGGUAACUCUACUGAGAUUCCUACUUAUGUCAAUUUAGCUUCAUUCUUGGAGAACAGAUUCAGAACACUAGAGAUGAUUAGCUCCACACAAGUAAAAGAUAUCUCUAAGAAUCCAUAUGCAUCACAAAAAGUUACAUCUGUCAAAUCUUAUGCUACUGAAGUAAAUAGUACUUGCACAUAUUGCUCACAGAACCACUACAUAUGUCAUUGUAAAAAUUUUGCUACGCUAUAUAUCUGA